GGUGAAUCCAAACGCAUCACUUUAGUUCUCCAACAACCGCCGGGCGGUAACGCACCCCCUGGUCAACGCCACGUGGUAUUGGGUAGUUUACCGGGUAAAAUCGUUUUACAAGGCAACCAAUUGGCUGCUCUUGGUGCUCAAACCAAAGGGUCACCGGGUCAACCGGCCAAGGUGGUCACCAUCCAACUUCAAGUUCAGCAACCUCCCGCCGGCCAAUCGGGAGCUCCUCAGAAGAUCCAAGUCCUCCAACAACCCGCCGGCAGUGGACAACCGGCACCAGUAGCAGUUUCUUCCGUGCCGCAGGUGGUGGGGGGCGUUGGGCAACGGUUGACGGUGCCGUUGAAGGUGGUUUUGCAACCGCAGGCCGGCUCAUCUCAGGGAGGUUCUCCUGGUUUAUCGGUGGUGAAGGUGUUGAGCAGCACCGAAGUGGCGGCUUUGACCGGUCCUGGUUCACGAGGCGCCUCAGAAGAAAGCCGGAAAUUGGAACACCAAAAGAAACAAGAAAAAGCCAACCGGAUCGUAGCUGAAGCCAUUGCCCGUGCCCGCGCCAGAGGCGAGCAGAACAUUCCCCGUGUCCUCAACGAGGACGAGCUACCGAGCGUCCGCCCCGAAGAGGAAGGUGAACGCAAACGCCGCCGGAAAGGAACUGGUGAGCGUGGUGGAGCCAAAGAGGAGAGACCUCGGAAGGGUAAAGGUCAAGGUGGUUCCGGCAAGAGUAAAGGACGGAGCAAACCGAGCACCAUCACGCCAGUGGUGGGGAAGAAACGGAAACGCAAUGCUUCCUCCGACAACUCGGAUGCUGAAGUGAUGCCGGCACAGUCACCACGGGAGGAAGAAGAAACCAGCGUGCAGAAGCGACGAUCGAAUCGGCAAGUCAAACGGAAAAAGUACACUGAAGAUUUGGACAUCAAAAUUACCGAUGAUGAGGAAGAUGAAGAGUUGGAUGUGACGGGGCCGGUUCGACCUGAACAACCUCCGGUUCCGCAGCCCCCCGUGCUGGAGCCGGAGCCGGAAGGCGAGACGUUGCCCUCCAUGCAAUUUUUUGUGGAAAACCCCAGCGAGGAAGACGCGGCCAUUGUGGACAAGGUCCUUUCCAUGAGGGUGGUGAAGAAAGAGCUUCCGUCGGGGCAGUUAACAGAAUCAGAAGAGUUUUUCGUCAAAUACAAGAACUACUCCUACCUCCACUGUGAGUGGGCGACCAUUGACCAAUUAGAGAAGGACAAGAGGAUCCACCAGAAACUGAAACGUUUCAAAACCAAGAUGACUCAGAUGCGACAUUUUUUUCACGAGGAUGAAGAACCCUUCAACCCCGACUACGUGGAGGUUGAUCGCAUCUUGGAUGAAUCCCACAGCAUCGAUAAAGACAACGGGGAGCCGGUGAUCUAUUAUUUGGUGAAAUGGUGUUCCCUACCCUACGAGGACAGCACUUGGGAACUCAAAGAGGACGUAGACGAAGGAAAAAUCAUGGAAUUCAAACGUAUCCAAGCCCGACACCCGGAACUCAAACGCUUGCCUCGUCCUCAAGCUGGUUCGUGGAAGAAAUUGGAGCUGUCGCACGAGUACAAAAACCACAACCAACUUCGCGAAUAUCAACUGGAAGGGGUCAACUGGUUGCUCUUCAACUGGUACAACAGGCAGAACUGCAUCUUGGCCGAUGAAAUGGGUUUGGGCAAGACCAUCCAAUCAAUCGCUUUCUUACAAGAAGUUUACAACGUGGGGAUUCGCGGUCCUUUCUUGGUCAUUGCGCCGCUUUCCACCAUCACCAAUUGGGAACGAGAAUUUAAUACUUGGACGGAAAUGAACAGCAUCGUUUACCACGGCAGUUUGGCGUCGCGACAGAUGAUCCAACAGUACGAGAUGUACUGCAAAGACUCGCGGGGUCGUCUCAUCCCUGGGGCGUAUAAAUUUGAUGCCCUCAUCACCACGUUUGAAAUGAUCCUCUCCGAUUGUCCCGAGUUACGAGAAAUCGAAUGGCGUUGCGUCAUCAUCGAUGAAGCGCACCGUCUCAAAAACCGCAACUGCAAAUUACUCGACAGCCUCAAGCACAUGGAUCUGGAACACAAAGUCCUGUUGACGGGCACCCCUCUCCAAAACACGGUGGAAGAGCUUUUCAGCCUCUUGCACUUCCUGGAACCUUCCCAGUUCCCUUCUGAAGCCGAAUUUCUCAAGGACUUUGGAGACCUCAAGACGGAAGAGCAGGUGCAGAAGCUCCAGGCCAUCUUGAAACCCAUGAUGCUCCGUCGACUGAAGGAGGAUGUAGAGAAGAACCUGGCGCCCAAGCAAGAGACCAUCAUUGAGGUGGAGUUGACCAACAUCCAGAAGAAAUAUUACCGGGCCAUCUUGGAGAAGAACUUCUCCUUCCUCUCCAAAGGUGCCGGUCACACCAACAUGCCCAACCUACUCAACACCAUGAUGGAGCUACGCAAGUGUUGCAACCAUCCCUACCUCAUCAACGGUGCGGAGGAGAAGAUUUUGGCAGAAUUUCGGGAAUCUUGCCACCACCACGUCCCCCAUGACUUCCAUCUCCAGGCCAUGGUCCGCUCGGCCGGCAAAUUGGUGCUCAUCGACAAAUUAUUGCCCAAGCUAAAAGCUGGCGGACACAAGGUCCUCAUCUUCUCCCAGAUGGUGCGGUGCCUCGACAUCCUGGAGGAUUACCUCAUCCAGAAGAGGUACCUCUACGAGCGAAUCGAUGGACGGGUACGAGGCAAUCUCCGACAAGCGGCCAUCGAUCGGUUUAGCAAGCCCGACUCGGAUCGUUUCGUUUUCCUUCUCUGCACGCGGGCAGGCGGUUUGGGCAUCAACCUCACCGCCGCCGACACCUGCAUCAUCUUUGAUUCCGAUUGGAAUCCUCAAAACGACCUCCAGGCUCAAGCACGGUGUCACCGGAUUGGGCAAAGUAAGGCGGUGAAGGUUUAUCGCCUCAUCACGCGCAAUUCGUACGAGCGGGAGAUGUUCGAUAAGGCCAGCCUCAAGUUGGGGUUGGACAAAGCCGUUCUGCAGUCCAUGAGCGGUCGCGAGGGCAACAUCACAGGGAUCCAACAGUUCUCCAAGAAGGAGAUCGAGGACCUUCUACGCAAGGGGGCCUAUGCGGCCAUCAUGGAAGAGGAUGAUGAAGGUUCUAAGUUCUGCGAGGAGGACAUAGAUCAGAUUCUCUUGCGUCGGACCACCACCAUCACCAUUGAGAGCGAGGGGAAGGGUUCCACCUUCGCCAAGGCGAGCUUCGUGGCUUCCGAAAACCGGACCGAUAUCGCUUUGGAUGAUCCCAAUUUUUGGCAGAAGUGGGCCAAGAAAGCCGACCUUGACCUGGAUUUAUUGAACAGCAAGAACAACCUGGUGAUUGACACUCCCCGGGUGCGUAAGCAGACGCGACACUUCAGCACGCUUCGUGACGAUGAUUUGGUGGAGUUCUCAGACCUGGAGAGCGAAGAUGAGGAGAAACCACGGUCUCGUCGUCACGACAGGCACCAUCACGCCUUGCAUCAUGCCUAUGGUCGCACUGACUGCUUCCGCGUGGAGAAACAUCUCCUGGUCUACGGUUGGGGCCGAUGGCGGGAGAUCCUGUCCCACGGUCGAUUCAAACGCCGUCUUUCGGAACGAGACGUGGAGACCAUCUGUCGAGCCAUCUUGGUCUACUGUCUUCUCCACUACCGAGGUGAUGAGAACAUCAAAGGUUUCAUUUGGGACCUCAUCAGCCCCACUGAAAAUGGCAAAGCCAAGGAGCUCCAAAACCAUUCGGGUCUUUCCAUCCCGGUUCCUCGUGGUCGGAAGGGGAAGAAGAUCAAGUCCCAAAGUACCUUUGAUGUCCAUAAAGCCGAGUGGAUCCGUAAAUACAACCCUGACACCCUCUUCCAAGAUGAGAGCUACAAGAAACAUCUCAAACAUCAAUGCAACAAGGUUCUUUUGAGGGUACGGAUGCUCUACUACCUGCGGCAGGAGGUGAUCGGGGACCAAGCGGAGAAGGUGUUGGCGGGAGCGAUGGCCAACGAGAUCGACAUCUGGUUUCCACUGGUGGAGCAGCUGGAGGUCCCGACGGCGUGGUGGGACGCUGAAGCCGACAAAUCCCUCCUCAUUGGGGUCUUCAAACACG